GAUUAAAUAAAUAUAUCCAAUUUUUUUUUUCACCGCCAUAUCUAACAAAGCCACCUCCUCAUCCUCUUGUUUUUGCAUCUCUCACUCUUCCUGAAGCUCCAUCUUCAUCUUGAUUCGGAAAAAAGGCGAAAAAUAUUGUCUUUGCGGUGGUUAAUUUGAUUUGUACAGCGAGCUUGUGUUUCUUGGAUUUUUCAUUUCUGCAUGAUGUGGGCAACUGAUAUUUAUGUCUGUAAUUGCUAUCAGCUCAGGGAUGGAUACUUUGCUUUUCACCUCCGAAUCUGUUAAUGAAGGUCAUCCAGACAAACUAUGUGAUCAAGUCUCUGAUGCCAUUCUAGAUGCUUGUUUGGAGAAAGAUCCUGAGAGCAAAGUCGCCUGUGAGACCUGCACUAAGACAAAUAUGGUGAUGGUAUUUGGUGAGAUUAGCACCACUGCGAAGGUGGAUUAUGAGAAGAUAGUUCGUGAUACAUGUAGGGGCAUUGGUUUUGUGUCAGCAGAUGUUGGCCUUGAUGCUGAUAAUUGCAAGGUCCUUGUCAACAUUGAACAACAGAGCCCUGAUAUUGCUCAGGGAGUUCAUGGUCACCUCACCAAGAAACCUGAGGAGAUUGGUGCUGGGGAUCAGGGUCACAUGUUUGGGUAUGCCACUGACGAGACACCAGAAUUGAUGCCACUGACCCAUGUACUUGCCACCAAGCUUGGAGCCAGACUCACUGAGGUGAGAAAAAACAAAAUAUGCCCGUGGUUGAGGCCUGAUGGCAAGACUCAAGUGACUGUUGAGUACCGGAAUGAAGGUGGAGCUAUGGUUCCACUCAGGGUUCAUACUGUCCUCAUUUCAACUCAGCAUGAUGAAACUGUCACGAAUGAGAAGAUUUCUGAAGACCUGAUGGAGCAUGUGAUUAAGCCAGUUAUUCCACCGCAAUAUCUUGAUGACAAGACAAUCUUCCAUCUUAACCCUUCAGGUCGCUUUGUUAUUGGCGGCCCUCAUGGAGAUGCAGGACUUACAGGUAGGAAGAUAAUCGUUGACACUUAUGGUGGCUGGGGUGCCCAUGGAGGUGGUGCCUUCUCUGGGAAGGAUCCCACUAAGGUGGAUCGCAGUGGUGCAUAUAUUGUCAGGCAGGCUGCAAAGAGUGUAGUGGCUUCAGGGCUUGCCCGACGCUGCAUUGUGCAAGUUUCUUAUGCAAUUGGUGUGCCAGAACCAUUAUCUGUGUUUGUGGACACUUACAGGACAGGGAAGAUCCCAGACAAAGAUAUACUAGCUUUAAUCAAGGAAAAGUUUGAUUUCAGGCCGGGAAUGAUUGCUGUCAAUCUUGAUUUGAAGAGAGGCGGCAACUUCAGGUAUCAGAAGACUGCUGCCUAUGGACAUUUUGGCCGUGAUGACCCGGAUUUCACCUGGGAGACUGUUAAGCCUCUAAAACCUGUGAAGGCAUAGAGUCAAUAUUCUCAUCUUUUACUGUUUUUUACUAUUUUUUGGCCUUCCCAUCUCCCUUGGAAACAGAGAGUUUUAUCUAGAAAUGUUUUUUUUUUUAUAUAUUUUGUUUGAUUCAUUCAUUUGAGGAAUUUUGUAGUUGAAAUUGAGGUUAACAGCGGCAAUAGAUUUAGGUCCUUUCUUUA